AUGAGGCUACAUGUCCUUGCCUUUGCAGUGUCGGCCGCCGCGGCUGCCGCCAACUACUACAACGACGCCAUCUGCCGCAGCAGCCUCGACUGUCUCAGAAUCUGCAAGCACGGCGACUUCAAAGUCUACCAAGACUCGGCCGGCCAGCCGCAGCUCGAGUGCGCCGAGGGCAUCAUCGAGUACAGCCGCAAGACGUGCCUGUCGCGCAACGGCAGGGGCGACGAGAACAUUAAACUGCUCGGCGGCGCGUGCGUUGGGGCUCGCGGCCUGAUUUGCGAAAAUUACUGCGUGGUGCCGACGACAAUGACGAUGCUGGAGGGCCGCCGCUUUGAAGACGAGUGCCGCGCUCUGCAGGGCAUACCGUCGACUAUUGUGGGCGGGCUGACGGAGGAUCAGGCCAAGGGGCAGGAAUCUUGCUCGUGGUCGAUUGAGACGAGAUGA